CCAACACGACCACAUCUUCUGCGGUAUUUGUUCUGCUUCCCGAAUGCACAUCUCCCACAAAAGGCGUCGACGUUGACGCGCGCAUACAUUAGUACAUAGACCACACAGCAUGGCGGACCUCGCCCAGUCUCUCAUCCGCACCGUCGCUCGCGGCUUCUACCAUACCGACCAUAUUCUCGUCAUCGAUGCGCUCACGCGACACUCGACGCUGCAGGACAGUGACCUGGCGCUUGUGCUGGGCACCCAGGUGAAGCCCCUGCGUAAGACUUGUGGCCGCCUGAAAGAAGACGGCCUCAUCAGUGUGCAGAGUCGAGCGGAGCGUCGCACAGAUGGCAGCAGCAGCUUCUAUGGAGGCGCGCCGCAGCAAGGGAAGGAGCGGCUCACGAAUCGUGACUGGUACUACAUCAACUACCAUCGCGCCAUAGACUGCAUCAAAUACCGCAUGCACAAGCUAAGCAAGCACAUUGAGAGCCAAGGUGCGCCAACGACGGAGAAGAAGGACUUGAAAUGCCUGACUCCCAACUGCGGCGGCUCAUACACCGAGCUCGAGGUCAUGGACCUCCAAGAUUUCAUGACAGGUGAAUUCCCUUGCCCACGAUGUAAGCACAUACUCCAACCGGUCGAGCCAGAAGAACGUGCGAAUGAGAACGAAAACAUGAAGCGUCUGAACGUGGAGCUUGAGAAGUUGCUUAGCCUCAUGCAGAAGAUCGAUGCUGCCAACGUGCCUGAGAAUGACUUCGAAACUGCCCUUGCCAACCAGAAGCCUAUCCACCGAUCCGAUGCAAACCCUGGUGCUAGGACUGAGAUCGUCGACCAACCGAAUAGAAAUCUACAGAGUGUCAAGGGUCUUGCGCUCCAGCCGGAGAAGAUCGCGGUGCAGAUGCAGGAUGACGAGGAUGUCAAGCGGGAAAAUGCCGCAGCAGAGGCUCGUGCUCGGAAAGAGAAAGAGGCGAAGCAAAAUGCGCUACCGGAAUGGAUCUCGAAGUCUACUAUCGACGGGUCUACCACUGCAGUUGGCGCCAAGGAAGAGAAGCAGCGCGCAGAGCGCGAUGCCAAUUCAGCGGUAUUCAAAGACGAGGAUACUGAAGAGAAGAAGGUCGUCGGUGCGGAUAAGGACAUCAUGGAUCAGUACUGGGAAGAGCUUAAGAAGCAGCAGGCCGAGGAAGCACAGCAGAACAAAGAAGAAGAUGAAGAGGACGAGGAUGACGACGAGGACGAGUUCGAAGAUGUCGACGUGUCUGGUGGUGGCAAUACGCCAGCAAAUGGUGCUGCCAAUGGCACUGCUGCCACCUCAGGCAUGAACACGCCAAUGAACGCGGACAGUAGCAAUGCUACAGAUGAUGAGCGGGAUACAAAGAGAGUCAAGUUCGAGCCUUCAUCUCUUUCGAACGGUAGACCCGCAGAAGACACACCCGCUGCGUCAGAUGCGGAUGACGAUGAGAUGGAAUUCGAAGACGUUGGCGCGUGAUGCGGAAAGCGCAGGAAUCGUCGAGCGAACCGUCAUGCACCGUCGGACGUGUUGUUGAGUGCAUUAUUGUUUGAAGAUUAGCGAGGCGUUUGGUACUAGGUAAGGGCAUUUUUGCCACAGCAUUGGGGCUCAGAAAAGCAAAUGUACCAUACAUAGUAGCUUUAGGUAAAAGCUAGGCAGCAUUGGGAACCGACCCUUUGCUUCAUCCUC